CAGAUGCGGCGGCGGCGCUAGCCUGGCCCUCGGUCUCCCUUCGCGGUCGAUACCUUCGCCUCUCCCCGCCUUGCCCGGCAUGGAUCUACCCGUGGGCCCCGGCGCUGCGGGGCCCAGCAACGUCCCGGCCUUCCUGACCAAGCUAUGGACCCUCGUGAGCGACCCGGACACCGACGCGCUUAUCUGCUGGAGCCCGAGCGGGAACAGCUUCCACGUGUUCGACCAGGGCCAGUUUGCCAAGGAGGUGCUGCCCAAGUACUUCAAGCACAACAACAUGGCCAGCUUCGUGCGGCAGCUCAACAUGUACGGCUUCCGGAAGGUGGUCCACAUCGAGCAGGGCGGCCUAGUCAAGCCAGAGCGGGAUGACACCGAGUUCCAGCACCCGUGCUUCCUGCGCGGCCAGGAGCGGCUCCUCGAGAACAUCAAGAGGAAAGUGCCCAGCGUGUCCACCCUGAAGAACGAGGACAUAAAGAUUCGCCAGGACAGUGUCACCAAACUCCUGACGGAUGUGCAGCUGAUGAAGGGGAAGCAGGAGAGCAUGGACUCCAAGCUCCUGGCCAUGAAGCACGAGAACGAGGCCCUGUGGCGGGAGGUGGCCAGCCUGCGGCAGAAGCACGCCCAGCAGCAGAAAGUGGUCAACAAGCUCAUCCAGUUCCUCAUCUCGCUGGUGCAGUCGAACCGGAUCCUGGGGGUGAAGAGAAAGAUCCCCUUGAUGCUGAACGAUGGCAGCUCGGCGCACCCCUUGCCCAAGUACGGCCGGCAGUACUCCCUGGAGCACAGCCACGGCUCCAGCCCCUACUCGGCUCCAUCCCCGGCCUUCGGCGGCUCCGGCCUCUACUCCCCAGAUGCUGUUUCCAGCUCCGGACCCAUCAUCUCUGACAUCACCGAGCUGGUGCCCAGCAGCCCCUUGGCCUCCCCAGGCGGGAGCAUAGACGAGAGGUGGGGGCCCCUGUCGAGCAGCCCCCUGGUGCGAGUCAAGGAGGAGCCCCCCAGCCCUCCUCGGAGCCCCCAGGUGGAGUUGGCGAGUCCAGGGCGCCUGUCCCCUGCUGCGGAGACUCCCCUGUCUCCAGCCACCCUCAUCGACUCCAUCCUGCGAGAGAGCGAACCCGCCCCUACUGCCUCGGCCGUGGCCACGCCCCUCCCGGAGGCUGGGGCCCGCCCCACCUCACCCCCACCGCCCUCAGCCCCUGAGAAGUGCCUCAGCGUCGCCUGCCUGGACAAUUUGGCUCGCACUCCACAGAUGUCUGGGGUCGCCCGCCUCUUCCCCUGCCCCUCCUCCUUCUCUCUGCAUGGCCGAGUCCAGCCAGGGACCGAGCUCAGUGACCACUUGGACGCCAUGGACUCUAAUCUGGACACCCUGCAGAGCAUGCUGACGAGCCACGGCUUCAGCGUGGACACCAGCGCCCUGCUGGAUCUAUUCAGCCCCUCAAUGACCGUGCCGGAAGUGAACCUGCCUGACCUCGACAGCAGCCUGGCCAGCCAGAUCCAGGAGCUCUUGUCUCCCCAGGAGCCCCCCAGGCCUCUGGAGGCCGAGAGCAGCAACCCGGACUCAGGGAAGCAGCUGGUGCACUACACAGCACAACCCCUGUUCCUGGUGGACCCAGGCUCCGUGGACAUGGGGAGCAGCGACCUGCCCGUGCUCUUCGAGCUGGGGGACGGCUCCUACUUCUCCGAGGGGGAUGACUACACAGACGACCCCACCGUCUCCCUGCUGACGGGCUCUGAGUCCCCCAAAGCCAAGGACCCCACCAUCUCCUAGAGGUCCCAGGAAGAGGGCUUGGCCACGUUCCCUGCCACCCCUGUCGGCGCGGGGUGGGGCUGCUUCUGGCCAGCGGCAAGGGCCCCAUUCCCGCGUGCCAUGGCUGGCAACACCUGGACUGACAGUACUGUGGGUGUUUGGGCAGAAUUGUAUUUUGGAUUUUUAUGAGUACCCCUUUCCCCUUCCGUAGAGAUACACAGGUGUAUAGGCAAACGAUGCACAAAACAGGCAGAGAUCCAUAAAUGCCAGGCUGGAC